GUUUCACCAAAGUUUGAUUAAUUAAUUUUUUUCAAAGAAACCUUGCUUUGAUAUAAUAUAAGACGUGUCAAUGUUGAGGAGGCAAAGGCCUGGCGGUGGCCGUCACCCGCCACCGUUGGCUCCAACGGUGAGCAACUUCAAGCCAAGAGCUCAAUGGAACAACUCCGGAUCUUCCAUUAUCCUCUACGUCAAUCUUCCUGGGUUUUACAGAGACCAAAUAGAAAUCAAGAAAGAUGAGAAGACACGGACUAUCUACAUUCAAGGCCAGCGACCACUCUCUACUCAGACUAAGGCUCGUUUCAAUGAAAUUUACCGUGUUCCUGAGUCAUUUGAUAUGACGAAACUGAACACUUCCUUCUCACAUGGACUCUUGACGAUGGAGUUUCCUGCGGUGGUGGAAGGUGAGAAAACGGACAAGGCAGGCAAUGAUCAAGGGAAGACUGUACAGAGGCCUGAUAAUGAGGAAAAUAGAGGGACUGGUCUCAGUGAGAGUAGCUUGGGACAAAAGAAACCUUCGGAUAAGGAGAAACAAGUGGGAACAAGUCAAGAGAAAGCUGCUGUUACAAUGGCGAAUAAAGAAGAACCAAAAACGUAUAAAUCAGUGGUUGAGGGUAAGAGAGCGGUGCCAACGGCUAAUCAAGUGAAGGCUGAGCAGAAAGUGGCCAGCCCUAGCUUGAGUCCCAAGGAACAUGCGAAACAAGAGACGGUGGUUGAGAAAAAGAAGGCUGCUCAAAUAGGUCAACAUAAGACUGUACAGAAGAUAAAGGAGGAAGAGGCUAGAAAUACAUUGACCGUUGGUGGUAGCUUGAAACCCAAGGUACUUGCAAAAGAAGAGAAAGUAAUUGAGAGAAAGAAAGAUGGUGAUAUUGGUCAGAAAAAGACUGGAGAGAAGGUGAAGGAUGAAGGAAGUACUAGAGCGCCAACCAUUGGUGGUAGCUUGGAACCUAAGGUACAUUUUAAAGAAGAAAAGGUAGAGAGAAAGGGGGAUGGUGAAAUUGGUCAGAAGCUGAAAGAGGAAGGAAAGAUUGGCUUAGAAGAGAAUAAAGAGAAAAUGGUUGAAAGAAUAACACAAGAUGUUAAUGGAAACGUGAUAAGCAAGGAUGAGAAGAUGGUUGGAUACAAGGUAAGUGAAGGAGAGAUUCAAGAGAGAGUGGAAGAAAAGAAGGUAGGAGAAGCCGGUCUAGUCAAAGAAACAAGAGAUCCGAAAGGUAAACCUGAAGUCAUGGAACCAAGAAGGGUAGAUUCAGAUGUGAAAGAAGACUUAACCAAAGGAGGUGAAGACAGAGAGAAGAUGGAUACUCCUGCAACAACAGAAGGAAGAGGACAGGAGGAAGAAGGGAGUCAUAUAUAUGACACAUCUUUGGUCAAUGUUGGAGUUGCUUCUCUUGUCAUUAUGGGGUUUGGUGCAUACGUCUUUGUACCACUUGUAAAAAUGUUCUACUGAUUCUGUUUUAAGAAAAAAAAGACGAUGGCACUUAUGGUUACGAAUAAACC